AUGCAAGGAGCCAAGUUGAAGCAGAAGUUAAAAAUGUUCGAGAGAGAUUCUUUCCUAGACAAAGAGAAAACCAGGGAGAAAACAGCAGAAGUAAUUAUCAAAAUGUCAGAAAAGCAAGGUGUCAACGAUGUCAUGGUUUCCAUAGGUAUAAUAACUGCCCAGCUACAGGAAAGCAGUGUUCAAAAUGUAAAAAGUAGAAUCAUUUCUCAGCAGCAUGAAACCUCUGCUUAUUUUCAACCUUAUGAAUCAGAGCCAUCUCGUGACACCGUGAGGCAGUUGGCACCACCAGAAAAGAAGACGUCGGGGAAGCGCUCCAGUCUUCUGAUUCUCAAAUUGACGAAGGUUUUGAAAGCAAUAAAAGCACUAACAGGAAACCGAUCAAAAAGGGACAGCUUUGACGUAUAUGGCGAACACGUAGCAAAUAAAUUAAGAACGUAUAAGGCAUUUAUUCGAUCUAACGUAGAACAAAAAAUUAACUGUCUUCUCCAUGAUGCUGAUACGCAAAUGAUCUACCAAUCACAAGAACAGUGGAAUCAAAGGCCAACAUAUUUGCCACCAGUAAGUGUAUCUAGUGCAAGUUCCUCAUCUUAUCCAUCACCAUUUCCAUUUCCACAUCCAGGAAAUCAGAAAGCGUUCGACAUUCUGUAG